AAUGAAAACCUUUGAUAAUGCAAUUAAACCAACUUAAAAGCCAGUUUGCUUUACAGUCCAAGAAUUACUCUAAAGAUAUAAAUCUACUAGUAAGGAAUCAGCUUCAACUACAGAAUGUCCAGAGUUAUUCUAAACAAUUUAAACAGACACUAAUAGAUCAUUGGAAAUUCCUGAUAGUAAAAUUAUUCAACAAUCCUAUGUCCCUGAUUCAAUUAAGAUGACUCUAAAAUAAUAUGAAAUUGAUGAAUUACCUAUAGUUUAAGACAAUGAUGUUAUUUUGCAAAUCAAUCAUAUGCAUUCCAUCUUCAAAUACUUAUAAAAAGAUGAUUAAUCACAAAAACUAUCUACUAAUACUAAUAGUUAACAUAGCAUCACUUCUAAACAAACAUCAGAAACUUUAAACAAUUAAAUUAAUAAAAGUCAGUCCAAACACAAAUUCAAUUAGCCUACUCAAAACUAACAAUAAAAUUAAAUAAAUCAAAAAAAAGAUGUAUCUCCAAAAAGAAGCACAUCUCCAUAUAGAUAAUUUCUUCAAAGACCAUAAAAUAAUUAAAAUAAUAAUUAACAAAGAAGCAAAUCUCCUUUUAUUAAAAAUACAGUUGUAUAAAAACUUACACCUAGAACUACUUAAAGGACUACUCCCUCAGCUUCUCCUUUCAGAUAGGCUAAAGAAAAUAAUAUAUCAAACAUAAAUUAGAGAACAUAAAGGACUGACAGAUCUUAAAAUAAAUUAAUUUAAGUGAAGGUAAAGGAAACUCAUAAUUAAAAUCAAUCUCAUGUGAUAGUUGAUCUAAGUAGAUGUCCAACUUAAAGAGUUCUUAUCAAAUAAGGUACUUAAUAUUAAAAUAAUUUAAGAUUCAAAUCGACCUAAAAUGAAGGUUGAGUUAAGUCUAAAAAGUUUAAUUUAAAAUGGAGUAUGA